UAAAAAAUCAAAAGAAACACAAAUCCAUAAUUUCUCCAGAAAAAAAAACACAAAGAGACAAAAAGAAAAGAAAUGGCUGAUCAACAACAACCAAUAAUGAAGAAUCUCCACGAAUCAUCACCAUCGACACGGCAGAUAGUGAGAUUCCUAACCGCAGCAACGAUCGGCCUAUCACUCCUGGUGCUCUCAGGACUAACACUAACCGGAACGGUGAUUGGUUUGGUCGUAGCGACGCCGCUAAUGGUUUUAUUCAGCCCGGUGUUGGUGCCGGCGGUGAUAACGAUGGGGCUUUUGACGAUGGGAUUCCUAUUCUCUGGUGGUUGUGGUGUGGCGGCAGCGACGGCGUUAACGUGGAUUUAUAAGUACGUUUCCGGAAAACACCCGAUGGGAGCGGAUAAAGUGGAUUACGCCAGGAUGAGGAUAGCGGAGAAAGCCAAAGAGUUGGGACAUUAUGCGCAGUCGCAGCCACAACAAACACACCAAACCACAACAACUACUCAUUAGAGUUUAAUAAUAAUAUGGAUCUAUAUGUUAUAUUAAGUUUUUAUCCUACGGAUCUAUAUGUUAUAUUAUCCUACGUAUGUUUUUUUCUUGUUACUGUUCUUACCUUUUUGAAAAUAUAUAUAUAUAUAUAUAUAUCUGAAAUAUUAUUUUCUGUUUUCCAUACAAACUUGUGUGUUUCUUAACUCUUAAUAUUAUUUUCUGAUCGGUAUUUUCUGUUUUAUGAUUGUGAAAUGGUACAAGGAUGAUAACUAAUUAAAUAAACGCCAAACUUGGCCACCGUCGGGCCUCUCAAAUUA